AUGGCCAAUGAACCCGGGCAAAUUGCGAAAGCGGAGAAUCAAUUCCAGCAAUUGAUCACUGUUUCUGAGAAUGACCCGAAACGAUUGCAACUUGCCUAUGAGGUCCAUAGAAGCAAUAGAAAUGCCCUUUUCAGAAGCCAAAUUUGCCAGAAAGGAUUCUGUGAAUGGAACGAGGAUGAUAUCCUGUCCAAAGUGCUCGAGGCAGAGAAGGGGUUGACAGACUACGUUGACCCGAGACACAACCUUGCCUUUUGGGCACGCCCGCCACAGCAUAUUCGGGAUUUGGUCUACAAGAUCCAGCAGGAGAUUGGUACCUUGAUUGGACCUGGUCUCUGGCUUGUACCCCCGCAUCAUCUGCACAUGACCACGCUCGAGAUCAGGUCUGCACUCAGGGGACCUGAAAUUGAUGAGAUUACUUCUUCUCUCAAGAUGAGCGGGGUCGUAGCAGAGCUGGCAAACUACACUCUCACCCACCGUGCCCGGUUGGUCAAGCCAGUAAUCAGCUACGAUACUUCUGCUAUUGCUUUGAGCUUUGUUCCCGCGGCUGGCGAGGAAGAUAUCAGUGAUUAUAGUGGGAAACAUGAUCAAUUCACAUAUCAUCAUCUGCGAAGCGAUCUUUACAACAUCGUGACUGAAUCUGGUUGUCCAAUCGCGGCUAGAUAUACCGUACCUUCUGCGCAUAUCACUAUUGCGCGCUUUAUUGCGCCUGGUGGCCCCAAAGAAAUAAAGCCGGAUUCCCCAGAAGAAUUUGAGAAGAAAAAGUUUCAACUUAUUGAUAGGAUCGAGGAUCUCAAUCAUGAACUCCGCUCAAAUAUGUGGAGGAGAUUGGGGGACCCGUCUCAAGGGCAAUGGGUGAUAGGUCAUGAGAAGGGGUUGGAAUUGAUCAAAGGCAGGAGUUGCGACAAUCCAACGACCACCACCCAGCUAUCCGGCCAAGUCAGUCAAAAUGGUAAGGAUACACCCUACGAGAUAUGUCAAGUGUUCCGCAAGCCCCGGCCAUUCGAAGUUGCUCGAGUCGUGGAGAGAAUGUGUGAUGUCUACUGUGCGGCCAACCUCGAAAUCGUCAAUUCCUUCGCCGACCGUCGUGAAUCACCACAUUAUGAACUACCCAACCGUCUGUUUUUCACCGGAUUCACUGCAGGAUGCAAUGACUCAGGAAGCAGAUCACAAUGGGUCAACAUUCCCAAAACCCGCCGGACGUACUGCAAGUCCAAGGAGUGCCACAAGCACCAACAGCACAAGGUCACCCAGUACAAGGCUGGCAAGGCCUCCCUCUUCGCCCAGGGUAAGCGCCGUUACGACCGGAAGCAGAGUGGUUACGGUGGUCAGACCAAGCCCGUCUUCCACAAGAAGGCCAAGACCACCAAGAAGGUCGUCCUGCGUCUCGAGUGUACUGCUUGCAAGGCCAAGAAGCAACUCGCCCUGAAGCGCUGCAAGCACUUCGAGUUGGGUGGUGACAAGAAGACCAAGGGUGCUGCCCUUGUUUUCUAG